AUGGUUAACCUUAUCCCAAUUCCCAGCAGCGUGAAGGAGACAUGGGCGAGAUGCAACCUGGAAGGCUCCAUCCUGCUUAGCCUUUCCAUCCAAGGCUUUCUCAUUUUAGCCGCUCCGCUCCGAAAGCGAACCGCAAGACCUUUGGAAAUCUUCCUCAUCUGGGCGGCUUAUUUGCUCGCCGACUUCAUUGCUCUUUUCACUCUCGGACUCAUCUCCAACAAACAAGAAGCAAUCAAUGGUCCCUUAAGUCACAGCUCCAAAACAACGUCUAGUAGUAGUACUACAGCCCUUACAACUAGCGGCGACAUUAAUGGCGAUCUUGCUGCGCUCUGGGCGCCAUUCUGUUUGCUCCAUCUCGGCGGUCCCGACACCAUUACCGCCUUCUCUCUGCAAGACAAUGCUCUCUGGGUGAGGCACUUGGUCGGGCUCAUAAUCCAAGUUUUUGUUGUGGUUUACACCUUCAUCCAAUCCCUUCCGGCGAAUAAGUUAUGGCUUCCUAUCUCUUUCAUCUUAGCCGCCGGGAUUAUCAAGUACGCCGAGAGGACUCGAGCUCUUUACCUCGCGAACCUGGAUUCUUUCCGGGGGUAUCCGGGUCCCAACUAUGCGAAGCUCAUGCAGGAGUAUUCUGCAAGGAGACAAGCCGGAAUCCCGGCUAGAAUCCACAUGGUCCUUCAGCGCCGGGACGGGAAGUCCGUCCUGGAGAAGCGUCCAAGUACGAGUCAAGACAGUACUCUUUACGACGAUGUCACGGUAGUGCAGCAUGCUCAUCACUUCUUUUUGACCUUCAUGAACCUGAUUGUGGAUCAACUGGUACUACUCAUCAGUGAUCGCAACGAGAGUCGACACUACUUUCACGAAAUAUCAGCGGAACAAGCCAUGAAAGUUUUAUCCGUCGAGCUCAACUUCUUCUACGAAGUACUUUACACGAAGGCUGUUGUGGUGCAUCGCAAGCUGGGAUAUUUCUGGAGGUGCGUGUCUUCGAUCUCCAUCUUUGUCGCUCUUUCGCUCUUCUUUGUAGCGGAGAAGCAGAGGUUCCGUAGUACCGAUUCGUUUUACUCGAUGAAAAAACUCCGCCUUCAUUAA